AUGGCGCAGCUCUCAGAGGGCAACGUAACCCUGACGUUGCGCUCAAUGCAGCGUCGGCUUCGUCAUGUGACCUCGGUGGCCUUUCGAAAUCUGACCCUUCCCUUGGACCUCGAUUUGAACAAUACCUGGUUCUACUACACCCUGUCCUCGAGCUCUGGCCGCGAGGUGUACCGCAGUGAGCUCGUGCCUGCCUGUCGCAAUCCCGAGUGGCGCGAUCGUGACAUGGCGUCUGCUCAGGUUCAGGGCAUGAUGGCAACCGCUACCAAGUUGGCUUUGGCAGAUGAGGUGGCCAUCAUUCAACUCUUUACUCAAGCGCGCAAUACCGAUCCCAGUGCUACCAGCACUGCCACCGGCACCGCGUCGAGCCGCUCCACGCGUGGACUGCAACGGCGACCCUCCAUCAUGGCUCGCGUGCAAGGACCUCGCGCUCAAAAGCAACAGCGCACGCCAGAUCGUCUGUUGGCCCGUUUUCGCAUUGCCCUGCGUAUGCUCAAUUUCGCCUCGGUGCAGACUGAGCCGGCUAUUCCAGGUGCCGGGAGCAACAUUGUCCUGUGCCGCUUAGCCGGCGCUUGGUAUGGCAACCUCAAUCAAACAGCGCCCGAGGAUGUGGCGGCAGUCCGCGUGUUUCAUGAUCGGAGUCGGCAGCAGCUCGGCUCGCUCGAGAGAAAGCGACAGCUUUUGAAUCUGAUCGCUGUCGGGCGGGCCCGCCAAGCGUCCUUGAAGCAACGUGUCCAAGAGGCUCACGCUCGCAACCAAAAGACCGCCGUCGACCUGGACGCGGCUGAGAAGCAAGCCAGCUCUCUCCUACGACUGAUGAAAUGCCACGCGUCGGCAGAUGAACGGCUGGCAGAUCUGCGUACCGACACAGAUACUGCCACAUCAAGCUGGGCCAUUGUUAAUGACAGUGCCCGCAGCUUACGGCAACAGAUCAAAGAGGUGUCUCGACAGAUUGAACAGCGACAACUGAGCAUGAUCCUUCAGGUCCAUGCCAUCUACAUCAUUCGACAGGUUUGCAAUCUCAUGGGACGGGCACCCACCCUGUUCAUCUGUGUGCAAAUGACAAAAGACUCGCCUCAUGGUUAUGUGUGCCAUGUGCUGACGCUCUUGAGCAAGUACAUGAACAUUCCCAUGCGUCACCCAAUCACCUACCUGGGAUCGCGCUCCAGCAUUUGUGAUCUGAGCAAGGAGCUCGUUCAGGGUCAGCCGCGCAGGUACCAACUCUACUACAACAAGCGCGAUAAGGAUAGCUACAUCACGGCCUUGCGCCUCCUCAAUGGCAACGUCAUGCAAUUUUUGAGCCUUUUUCGUGUGCGCCAGCGCACAGACCGGCCCGCUCUUCUCAUGGAUCUUCGCAAGCUCAUGCGGGCUAUUCAUGAUCGGCUCAAGAUUCAACCACUACCUCAUCGUCUCUGCAAACAGCGUCAAGCACCAAAACCACCCAAACCACGGGGCAUUAAAAGAAGAGCAGAGCGCGAGGAGGAAGAGAAAAGCAAAACCAAAACGCGCAUGGGCGCAUGGCACGUACGAGGAGCUGCUGCUGCUGCUCGAGUCGUCACUGGAGCUUGA